GGGGACGUACGGAUCGACUCACGUAAAUGCCGAUUGGCGCGACCCGCGCAGCCCGCUUGACUCGUCCGAACCCAGAACAUGUACGACGUGGAUCAACAUCAACAAUGAAAGAUUAAGAAGAAAACAAAAUGAACUCGAAGCAAAAUGGGAGAAGAAAACGCAAUAUUAUCAAGGAAUAUAUUGCAGAUUAUAUGACUAAUUCGAAUCUUCAUGGUCUUAAAUACAUUGGUGAGAAAGAACGGACAUAUAUCGAAAAGAUAUUCUGGAUGUCUGUAUUUAUUGUUUGUGUUGUCUUAUGUGCUGGUUUGAUUAGAAAGGUGUGGAUAAAAUGGCACGAUACUCCAGUGAUCGUUACGUUUGCGGAAAAUCCAACGCCCGUAUGGCAGAUACCGUAUCCAGCUGUAACUAUAUGCACAGAAACGAAAACACCGCAAACAAAAUACAAUUUUACAGAAUUCUAUCACUUAUAUCAUGGCGAGAACGCAUAUAAUAAUUCACGGCAAGACGAGCGAAAUCUGUUUGAAGAUGUAUCAACGGUUUGUGACAGUGGCGUUGCACCACCUAAUGGGCGGAAAGUAGUUAAUGGAUCUGAAAUAAUAAAUAACAUUAGAGAGGUAUCGCUAAAUAUGUCUGAAACAGUUUUUGGAUGUAAAUGGCAGGACAUUCCACGCCCAAACUGCUCUGAAUUAUUAUCACCCAUAAUCACUGAAGAAGGAAUUUGUUAUACAUUUAACAUUCUCGCAGACGAUGAGCUAUUCCGAAUAGAGAACUUAAAUACAGAUUAUUCAUAUUUAGAACAGAACAGGAAAGCCGAAUCAUGGAAUUUAGAUGACGGCUAUGCUCAUGGCACACCCGUAGAAACCUAUCCGCACAGAGGCUCUGGAUAUGGUGCAAAAUCUGGUUUAACGUUUGUGGUGAAAUCAUAUAUUGACAAUCGAGAUUAUCUUUGCAGAGGAUCUUUCCAAGGCUUUAAGGUGAUGUUGCAUAAUCCAGCUGAGUUGCCGAGGCCUUCACAACUAUAUUUUCGGGCCCCAGUGUCACAAGAAGUCGUGGUAUCCGUGAGGCCAAAAAUAAUCACCACCUCGGAAGGAUUGAAGUCCUAUGAUCCAGAAAGACGACGAUGUUAUUUCAUAAAUGAGCGUUACCUUAUCUAUUUCAAAGUCUACACUCAAGCAAAUUGUGAAAUGGAAUGUCUCACCAACUUUACGUAUAAUAUGUGCGGAUGCGUUCAUUUCGGAAUGCCGCAUUCACAAAACAUGCCUGUUUGCAGCGCAGGUAGUAUGUCCUGUUUAAAGAAAGCUCAAAUGGAAUUAACAAGUACAGAACUACGAGCUGCGAUGGACUACAACAUAGAUAGAGAAGAGUUAAAUAGAGCCCGCGAAAUAGCCCAGCAAUGCAAGUGCUUGCCAGCAUGUACUUCCAUACAGUAUGAAGCAGAAACUUCACAAGCUGUAUUCGAUUGGACUGCGUUGUUUCGAGCUUAUAACUUUUCACCUCCUCUAGAUUUAUUAAAUGUGUCUGGUACUCGCAUAUUCGUAUAUUUCAAAGAACCACAGUUCAUAACAAAUAGACGUUCGGAGAUAUACGGAUUGACCGACUUUCUGGCGAAUUGUGGUGGCCUCCUAGGGCUGUUCAUGGGUUUUUCGUUUAUGAGCCUUGUGGAAAUAUUCUACUUCUUAACAUUAAGGCCUUGCUGUUUAUUGCGUCGGCGCCAAAACCAGCGUACCUUGGAGUGUCCCAAAGGAGAAAUAUAAAAAAGAUAGAUGUCUUAAUGUAUAUUUAUUUCAGUCAUUUGUCAUGUAGGUAAUACUAACAUGAAAGAAAGAAAACAAAGAAAAAUAUUUUAUUAUAUUUAUUAUUACAUAACUUUAAAAUUAUAUUCCUAUAAUGUCUA